UUGUGUGUAAAUGUACGUUUUUGACUAACGUUUCCCACUUUUGAUGUAAUUUCUAGCAAGAAAUUACUACUUUAGUAAUUAAAUAUUUGUUUAGUUCUCACCAAAAACAUGCACUAUUUUGCUGUAGAUCAUUAAACUGUUAUGCUACCUCAGAAGCCUGUCUGAAAUCAGUUUGGUGAGGUGCCUUCAUGCACAAACGCUGCCUUACAAGUCACUCGCUGAUAAGGCAACAAGUCAGCUACAUUGUUUUCGGAUGCAGCCAGUCUCAAAAAAUCUCGUUUGAUAUCGCUGGUGUUUGUGACGUCACAAACUACCUUGUAACCAAUCUUGUUAACGUGUCAGCGGGCUUUAGCAUAUCAUUAACAGCGAACUAGCAGGGGAGUCUCGAGAGAAACCAGGUUAUCCCGGUAUACUUUUCAGUUGAUAUCAAAAAUCGUGUAGAUUUAGCAAUAUGGCGGGUAUAUCACGAUGUUAUGAUGAACUUAUGGUGUUAUGAUGAACCCUUGAGUUGUUAAAUCAUUUGUAAGGAUACUGAUUGUCAGAAGGCAGCUAUCUGACCGUUAUGUGUCCGACGUUGUAAAGAGCAAUUCCAUUGUGCAGCGUUUACCUCAGUAAAUUGACCGAGUGGAUCUCUGCACAGGAACAAACAUUUUGGUGAUUUAUAGGAUAAAAUUAUUGACUACAAGGGGACUUUAAGAGAAUAUAGUCAACAAAGUUAAGUAAACAAGUUAGUUGCAAACUAACUAGUAGUUACUAAUUCACUCAUGUAAAAUGUUUGCCUCAAUUUAAGUAAGACUUUAUACUGAACAGCUGCAACCGUCCGAUGUGAUCAUUUCCUGGUUUCGAUUCUUUGUAAUAUGACAUGGAGGGAGGCGUCAUUUGCUGAGGUUUCUACUGAAAUGAAAGUGAAUGAAAUUAAAGAGUAGGGUCUAGUGUGGAGAAGUAAAGCAGGUCUCAUAAUAUCUCUAACAGGAGAACAAAGUAAAUUUAUUGGGUUAUUAUCAGUCGAGGAUUGUUUACAGUCAUGUCAGACGCUUUGUCCUUCCUGGAGGAGGACUUGACAUGCCUCAUCUGUUGUGAUGUAUUCACUGAUCCGGUCACUCUGAAAUGUAGCCACAGUUUGUGCUCUGAAUGCCUCCAGCGUUUCUGGACGACUCAAGAGGUGCCACAGUGUCCGGUCUGCCGUAAGGAAUGCUCACACGACGAGCCCACCAAGAGCCUGGCGUUCAAAGCUCUCUGUGAAUCCUUCAAGACCAGAAAACCCACAGCUGUUUCAGGAGACGUUUGUCCACUGCAUAAGGAGACACUCAAACUCUUCUGCUAUUAUGACAAGCAGCCCAUCUGUGUGGUCUGUUACACUUCAAAGCAGCAUGAAAAUCACAAGUGUUCUCCUGUCGAGGAGGCUGCUGUGAAUUUAAAGGAGACUAUCAAGGAACAAAUAGACAAGCUGCAGGUGACUGUCGAUGACCACAUGAAAGCCAAAAAGUGCUGUGUGGAAGAGGCUGAGCUCAUUAAGGAACACACUAGUGUGGAAGAAAACAAGAUCAAGAAGGAAUUUGAGAAGCUCCAUCAGUUUCUUAGAGAUGAGGAGGAGAAACGGAUCAGAGCAUUGCGGAAAGAAAUGGAACAUCAAGAUGAGAACCUCAAGACCAGAAUAACACGUCUGUCCAAAAAGAUAUCAGAUCUGUCUGAGAGGAUGGCAGCUCUCUGGCAGCAAUUGGAAGCUGAAAACAUCACAUUUCUCCAGAAUUACAGUCAUAUAUUAAAAAAACUCAAACACCCAUCAGUACCAAAGACGACCCCUGUAAUAGAGCAAUCUCAACACCAUCCCAUUCAGACAAUGAUCUUCACCACCUGGGCCAGAAUGCAGAACCUUGUGGAACAGCCUCCUGUGACCCUUGACCCAGACACAGCCUCAGAUAAACUGAUGGUGUCACAGAAUUGCACCAGUGUUCAGUACGUGGAAAAGAGAUUGAAAGUGUCUGACAACCCAAAGAGGCUGUAUGUGGGAGUGCUGGCCUCACAGGGCUUCAGCUCGGGUCUGCACUGCUGGGACGUAGAGGUGGGAGACAACAAAAACUGGACGCUAGGAGUGGUGGGGGAAACAGUGAACCGCAAAUAUCUUUACAAGAUGGAUCCAAUGAGUCGUUUUUGGUGUUUUCGUUACGUGGAUAGGAAAUACAAGAAAGGUAACAAACCUGCCAAAGAUAUUGAUAACAAUGAGAGGCCAAAUAUCAUCCGACUGCAGCUGGACUUUCACAAAGGAGAGCUGAGAUUCAUUGAACCCUUCAGAAACAGAAUUUUGUGCACCUUCAAGGGUGGAUUUCCAGAGAGGGUGUUCCCAUAUUUCUGUACUGGAGAUUUGAGCACGCCACUUAAUGUUUUUCCGGCAAAUAAACAACAACUGUAAACCACAA